ACCCGGUCUUUGGGAGUCGCGUUCCUCUCCUCCUCCAGUGGUGGAGAGUACCGACAAGCAAGGAAGCCCGCCUCGUCGGGAUCCGGGAGCGCGACCUCGUCGCCGGCCGGCCGACCGGACUGCGCCGCCGCCCGAGAUGGACCCGGAAGCGGUGCGGAGGACGCUCGAGCCCACCGCGCUGUCCAAGGAGAUCGCCGGCUCCGCGACCCGCAUCUACGACACCUUCGUCCUCACCGGCAUCCGCAUCGACGCGGCCGAGCACGGCCGCCUCCUCUGCUCCUUCGUCGUCACCCCGCGCAUCGCCAGCCCGGCGGGGUACCUUCUCAGCGGGGUCACGGCGACGCUCGGAGACCAGCUCGGGUCGGCCGUGUUCUUCUGCAGCGGGCUCAGGGCGAGCGGGGUCUCGAUCGAGCUCAGCCUCUCGUACGUCGACGUGGCUAGUGUCGGGGAAGAAAUAGAGGUUGAGGGAAAGCUGUUGCGCGCUGGAAAAUCAGUUGGUGUUGUCUCUGUCGAUUUCAGGAAGAAAAAGACAGGCAAAUUGAUAGCACAGGCCCGCCAUACCAAGUACCUCGCUGUAUCUAGCAAAUUAUAAGCUUUUCCAAGAUAUCAAAAUGAUCACGCCAACUCUUUACUACCUGGACCUUAACAUACGUUGUCAAUGCUGUAUAGUGUUCUAGAAAAAGGGUCGUGUCCAUCUGAAAUGCAUAUAUUGAUGGCGGAUCUGUUAUUUGUAUUGCUUUGGUCAGUUUAUUUCACUUUGAAGCAUUUGCGAGAUGAUAUUUCAGAGAAUGUGGGGGCACAGUUCCUAUCGGUAAUGACUCAAAGGAUUUCACAGAAAA